UUCCAUUCAUCCAAAGGUUGUAAUUUCUUUGGUUCUAGCACAUCGCUCGUUGAAGCGAAAUUCUGUGUCCAAAAGACAAAAUUGUGCUUAUUUUUGUGCGUUUGCUGGAGGUGUGAGAGUCCAUCAAUCAAUUAUUUCCUCGCAAGAGUGAUCACUGUCGAAGUGAAAGACAGAAUUGGCACGUCGAGUGGUCAGGAUGUCGGGCGCCACAUUAGCUUCGGGGCCUCGCAGUUCACAACUUGGAACCACACCUGGCGAAGGAGAGCUCCGGAAGAGGAGUGAAGAGAACUCAGCUUCGGGUCUUGGAGGAAUUAUGGGAUCACUUCGAGUGAUCGAGUUGCAGCUUGUUGCCUUCAUUGUUGUGUUCUCUGCCAGUGGUCUUGUUCCCUUGAUAGAUCUGGCCUUUCCUGUCAUUCUAUCGAUAUAUGCAUUUGCAUUGUCUGCUAUGGUGUUUCCGAGUUAUGGAUCAAAAGGAGUACCGGACGUGUUUAGAGGUAACCGCUUUUUCCAAUUCUAUGUUAUCCUCGGAACAAUCAUCGGCCUCUUCCUUCCGUUAGCCUACGUGUUGGGUGGCUUCGCCCGUGGUGACCAACAUGCAGUACGAGCUGCUACUCCUCAUCUUUUCCUCCUCUCUUUCCAAGUUCUCAGUGAAAACGUCAUCAGUGGGUUGAGCAUUUUCUCCCUUCCCGUGAGAGCUCUCCUGCCAAUCCUGUACACUACUCGAAGAAUCUUCACCUUGUGCGACUGGACCGUCGACACCUUCAGCAAGACUCACGUACAAGCUCACAGCUCCAACCAACCCGAUCAUCCAUUCGACCCACGCUUUCCCGAUUACGCCUGGAUGUUGUUUGGACGUGCUCUGGCCGUUGCAAACACAGUUUAUUUCAUUAUCAAUCUGUUCUGCUUCCUCAUCCCAAUGUUCCUUCCCCGCGCAUUUGAGACCUACGCCGAACAACGAGCAACGUACAUGGCAGAGCACCCAAAGAAGCAUGCAGCUGAACCUCAUGUGACUGAGCAGGAAAAGAAAGCGGAGCAAAGCCAGAAGCUUCCUCAACCUGUGCCUUAUGACAGACACAGGGGGGAGAAGAAGGCGCAGUAAAUAGUACAUAUGCCGCACAUGUUUAGAAAUAUCCUGUACACUUGUAGAAGUUUACAUUCAUUUUUUUACCAUAGGUUUUGCCAAUCUUUUUACCCGUGUUUUGUAUUUUCCUUCCUGGGGUUGUCUUCACUGGGAUUUGAACUUUCAUAAGCUCAACCCACUAUUUACAAUUGUAGCUGGUAUUCACAACGAAGACAAAUUGCAAUAGACGUCUAAGCUUCAAGCUUCUUUUUGUAAGUUAUUUGUCACAGA